GCCACUGGCAGCCCACGCUGCCGGUGUCAUUCAGCUCGCUGAUACACAGGCGCGCUCUCGGCCAGCCGGCUCCGCUCUGCUCCCCAGCCAUGCCCGUGGACCUCAGUGGCACCUGGAACAUGGCCAGCAAUGAAAACUUCGAGGGCUACAUGCUGGCUCUAGGCAUCGACUUUGCUACACGAAAGAUAGCAAAGAUGGUGAAGCCACAGAAAGUGAUCAAACAAGAUGGUGACAGCUUCACUAUCCAUACACUCAGCACUUUCCGUAACUACCUUGUCCAGUUUAAAGUUGGAGAAGAAUUUGAUGAGGAUACCAGAGGCUUAGAUAACAGAAAAUGCAAGAGUUUGGUAACAUGGGACAAUGAUAGACUCACCUGUGUCCAGAAGGGGGAAAAGAGGAACAGAGGUUGGACCCACUGGAUUGAAGGGGAUGAAUUACACCUGGAAAUGUUCUGUGAAGGCCAAGUGUGCAAACAGACGUUCCAGAGAGCCUGAGGGAGAAAGCCAAUGCUGAGUGUGUAUAUCCACCCUGAGGAGACCUGUAGCUUUAACUGAGCUGAUGCCAAACAACCUUACAAGGGCUGGUGGAGCAGAAGACUAACGCCCUCUUCUCUCUUUUUAUUAACCUUGCCUGCAGAUAUUGUCACAACUUCAGUCUGGCCAGUUACAAUAAACUUUUU